AUGAUAAUGACGAUGAAGGACGAAGUUGUCGUUCCCCCUGGUCUAAGGGAAUUAUUACAAGAAUUAACUGUGUCUAUACUGCGAGAACACCCUGAUAAUUUAAUUCAGUUUGCUAUUGAUUUCCUAAUGAUGAAGAAGGCGGCAUCAGAAAAUCGUCCAAAUAAAACAACUGAAAGUGAAGAUGAAGAUGAGGAACCUAUGCCUAUACCUCCACAAAGAGCUACUCGAAGAGCUGGUGUAGCUGCGGAAAGUUAUGAUCCAGAAAAAGAUGAUACUUCAAAUGUAGAGAAAGUUGUACAUCCUAAAACAGAAGAACAACGUCGAAGAUUAGCUCAAGCCACUAAAGAUAUUCUCCUUUUCCGAUGUCUUGAUGAUGAUCAAAUGAAAGAUGUUAUUGAUGCCAUGUACGAACGUCAUGUAUCACCUGGUGAAAAAGUAAUUACACUUGGUGAAGAUGGUGAUAAUUUUUAUGUAAUAGAAAAAGGAGUUUAUGAUAUCAUUGUGAAAGUUAGUAAUGAAGAAAAAACUGUUGGAAAAUACGACAAUAAAGGGUCUUUUGGUGAAUUGGCACUGAUGUAUAAUACACCACGAGCUGCAACCAUUUUAGCCAAAACUGAAGGUGUAGUUUGGGUAAUGACACGUGAAGUUUUUCGUUCAAUUGUAUUGAAAAAAGCAUUUGAAAAACGUAGAUUAUAUGAAGAACUACUUAAUCAAGUACCAAUCCUAGAAAGUCUCAGUGCUUAUGAACGCAUGAGUAUUGCAGAUGCAUUAAGAACAAAAAUCUUCAAAGAUGAUCAACAAAUUAUCAAACAAGGUGAUCCAGGUGAUGAAAUGUUCUUUGUUGAAGAAGGCAAAGUACGCAUUAAAAUGAAAAGAAGCGGAGAAACAGAAGAAAAAGAAGUAGCUGUUAUUGAAAAAGGUGGUUAUUUUGGUGAAUUAGCUUUAUUAACAAGUCAUCCACGUGCUGCUUCAGCAUAUGCUGAUGGUCAUACUAAACUUGCUGUAUUGGAUGUUGGAAGUUUUGAACGUUUACUUGGUCCUUGCUUAGAUAUACUCAGAAGGAAUAUUGACGAUUAUGAAGCUAAACUAAAAAAUAUUUUUGGUAGUUUAGAUAAAGUACCAGAAUUAAGACGUUAA